CCGCCCCUCCCGCCGCUCCCGCCACCGCCCGCAGCCGCCGGCCCCCACGCCCGCCCGUGUCGGUGGAGGAUGGUGGCGGUCCGGGGCGCUGCCGCCCGCCGCGGAGCGUUGCUGCUGCUGCUCGCCGCCCUCGGGGCCUGCCGCCUGCGCCUCGCCCGUGCCGCAGCAUCGUGUCCCCGGAGCCUGGACUGUGCCCUGCAGCGCCGGGAGUUCUGCCCACCCGGGUCAGGCACCUGCGGCCCCUGCCUGCCUCCCUUCCGGGAGGACAACCGCGGGCGAUGCAUCCAGAAGCAGCUCUCACCCAGCGGGCGGACAUCCAUUCCCAGCUUGGAUGAAAAAAUCGAUUUUCUGGUGGACGUGCUGGCCAGGCAAGAGGCUCCUCACUCCCACUCACUGCAGGAUGGCAAGCCCAGGACCACCCUGGUCCCUGCCAGUGGCAGACAGCGUAUGGCCAGCAGGCUGAGAGAGGGGCUUCUGCAGCGGGAGGCAGCCACCACCCUCCCCACCUCCACCACCACUGCAGUCCAGAAGUAUCCGGUGGAGGUGUCCCCCAUCCCUUCAAAUGAUGACAUGGUGCUCGGGCUGAUCAUGGUGUGCACAGUGGCUGGGCUCUCGGCGCUGAUCGUGGCUGCGGUCUGCUGGUGCAGGCUGCAGAAGGAGGUCAGGCUGGCACAGAAAGCAGACUACUCAGCACAGCGAGCGGCCAGCCCCCUACCCUAUGACAAGAUCUCGGUAAGGCACCACAUCCCUCCUGGGGUGUUUGGCGCUCAGGCCAGGCAUGUGCUCUGCUUGAGGGGCUUCCAAUACAGCGGGGAACACCCACCAGCCAGGCUGGAGGCUUCUGGAGCUCAGUCUCAAUGCCUGUCCUUGCUGUCUCCACAGCCCGGGGACAAGACACUGGCUCAGAGUGCCCAGAUGUAUCACUACCAGCACCAAAAGCAGCAGAUGCUCUCCAUGGAGAAACAUAAAGAGGAGCCCAAACUGCCGGACUCAGCAUCAUCCGACGAGGAGAAUGAGGAUGGAGACUUCACCGUGUACGAGUGCCCCGGGCUGGCUCCGACAGGAGAAAUGGAAGUGAGGAACCCGCUGUUUGACGACUCCUCCUUACACCCCUCCAACCCCAAGUCGCAUCAGUAACAAACACCCCUCCUCUCCUCUGCCUGAGCUUGCUACGGACUGUACGCCCAACGCCGAAGCCCGGCGGGGCGGCCGCGCCGGAGGGGCACCCGCAGCCAGGCGAAGGGGCACGGACCCCGCUCUGCCAGACUGUUCGACGCCUGCCCAAUAAACACCCACUAACAGCUAUGGGAGGGGGGAUCGCCCCCGUUUCCAGCGUCCUUGUCCUCUUUGCUGCUGUGAUCGCGUCCCUGCCUUGCCCUUCACAAGCUGCUUUCUGGGACAUGCCAGCCCCCGGGGUGGGGGGGCGGCCGCUGCCUUGGCACAGAACCUGGCGGGGGGGGUACAACGCUGUCUGUUUGCAUUUGGCUUUGAGGAGGGGGCUGCUGCCCCGGCUGUGGCUGGGCUGAUGCGACAGCAGCUGGGAAAGGGCUGGAGGGGGGGUCAGAGGGUGAGAGAUGGUCCAGGGGGGGUCCAGGCACACUCGUGCCUGCAGGGGAAGGCGUCAGGGCUGCCAGCCUGCCCAGACCCCCUCUGCCAGGGAUGGAGACUUUCCCCAGAGCAGGUGGCAUCGCUGAAGGCUCUGGUGCCUGGCCUGUGCCCUCCUCCCCAGGCCAGGCAGCUCCUGGCAGCAGGGUCCUGCUCCAGGAGCCAAGGGCAGGAGCAGGAGCAGGCUCGGGCAGGCGCUGGCAUUGGUUUCCAGGAUGCACCUUCACAUGCUGCCCUGUUCUGUGCCUGGCUGGGAGCAGAGGCUCUGCCCUGGCCCCCUGCACCAGCUCCAUCCUCUUCUAGGGGUGCUGGUCCUCGGAAGCCCUGGGGCACAGACAGUCCCAGCGCUGCUGUGGCCUGGGACCCCGUGCUGGGCUGUGCCAGCAGAGGCAGAGGAUUUGCUCGUGGCAGCCCUGGGUGCCAGCUGGGCUCUCACCCCGGGCCUCCAUGGGGUGAAAACUCAGAAAAAGGGUUCAGGGUUUUGUUUUUAAGCCUAUGUGACCAUGGGGGAGGAUGGACUGAGACUGGUGGGGGCUUGGGGGGGCUGGGAGGGGUAGCCAAGGCACGAUGGCUUUGCUGUGUUGCUUCUCUGCACAGAGCCCAGCCUGGCGCUCUCUCUGGGCAUCCCUCUGUGGCAGGGGACGGUCUCUGCUGCUCCAUCCCAGGCACCUCCUGGGCUCCAGAGACCCCCUGUACCCCUCCGCUGCCUGUGUCUAUGUCUGGCCUCACCAGCCCUCACUGACACAUUCUUUCUCGGAGCCCAGCGCUGUUCCCCAAAACCUCCCUGGUGCAUUGGCUGUGACCCCUCCAGCAUAAGGCCCAGGAUAGGUUUUGUGUUGCUUUUCACAGAUGUGGCUUCAUGUCCAGACCCUGGUGUGGACUGUUAUGGCCACGGGUAACCUGUUGCACGCAGGUCGUGUCUUGCAUGGGGGUGGCCUCUUGCACGGACAGGAGCUGUUGCACGCACGGGAGCCAUUGCACGCUCAGGAGCUGUUGCACGUGCAGGCAGGCACUGGCAGGGCAGGCAGCAGUGGCAGGGCUGUGCCAGUGAGCGGUGGUGGUGUGGGACCAUCCCCGGCGGGGUGGCUGGCAGAGGCUGUCACUGCACAGAUCCUUUCCCCACGCCCUGCUCCCCUACCCAUGGGGCUCUUGCCCUUCUCCCUGUGCCCCUCGUUGUUGUAUGGAUUGUAGUUCUUUUAAAAGGAGAUUUUAUUAAACGACAUGUUUGAGACUCA